AAGACGCUCUAAAAUCACCAAACCCUUUGUGGAUGUGAGUGUUCUCAGUGUCAUCAACUUCCUUUUUUGUAGAAAAACUUAAAGCUACAGCCAAGAGCCUCCCUGAAAGCUCUUGUCUGUCUGUCAGCCCCUCCUUCCUCAGGAGUAUUUCCCCUUCAGCCGUGCUCCAUCUCCCCCUAUGCCCCAGGGGAUGCAGCCAGCAGUCAGGACCCCAACUCCGGUGUGGGCACUGGUGAGGUCAUCUCAGCCAGAGAGGAGCUGCAGCAGAUCAUCAGACACACUGCAGAGGACACAGAUUUCAGGGAUAGUCAGGGCUCUGACCCUGCAGAGGAGCUGGAUCCUGCUGUGAAUGGAGGUGAGGAAAACAUUCAAGACCUUGAUUUCAUCCUGGACCCCACAGACAGCAAGUUUCACCUGAGGAGCCCGAUGCAUGAAGCCUUGAGACACAUGGAAGGUACUGUGAACAUGAAUCUGAGUAAACCCAUGAAGGCGGUGAGGAAGGUCCAGCAAACACCCAUGGGAGAAGAGGACAAUGAUGUUGUCAGUCGUGAGGGUUCCAUCCUGGCUGCCCUGAGUGUCCACUCAACCCAGGAGGAGCUGAAAGAGGCACAAGUGGAUGAGAAAGCUGCUCUUGCUCCUGGCCAUGCUCCCCAAACCUGUGUAGCAACAGAGCUUCCACCAAAGAAGAAGGUGUUAAAUCCCCUCAAAACAGAUACAGCCAGUGAACUCACAGAGAUCCCUCAGACAAGAGUUGAGAGUGAAGCAGUGAAGAACAUGACAAAGAAACAGCAGAAAGCAUUCUCCGAUGCUUUCAACUUCUUCCCCAAAGACCUGGAUGGCAAUAUUAACCUUCAGAACCUGGAGGUGCUUGCUAAGCAGCUGGGAAUUAGCUUUGAUGGGCAAGAGGCACACAAGAAGCUGGUGUGUGCAGAUGCUGAUGGAGACAAAGCAAUGAAUUUCUCUGACUUUCUGACCUUCAUUACUGACAAGAAUUGUUUUAUCCAGACAGUAUUCCCUGACAAAAACGACUUAGGCAACUUCGAUCAUGUCGAUGCCAGAGGAAUCCUCCUCCUCAAAGUCUUGCUGAAGCUGGUGGAGUUGGAAGCUCUGCCCCAGAGAACUCUAUUUCAGAUUUCCAGUUACUACCAGCAGAAGUUUAGGGACUGCACUAGUGAGAAAGCCUGGACACAUGCUGAUUUCUUCGUGAGUCACAAAAAGAACAACAAAAACAGGAAAGUUCUGGUUUAUCCUUUGUCUUCCUUUCUAAGUGCUGCCCGCAUCUCACUGAUGAAGGAAAGAGAGGCAAGAGCUUAUUUGGAACAACUCAGAGAAAAAGCGUCCAAUUCAGAGAGCCCCUAUGCUCAGGUACCUGUCUUCCCACUGAUUUCUAAACAAGAUGCAAAGACACUGGUGAAGCCAAAAAAAGACAUGCAAAAGCAGACAAAGCAGAGAAAGAAAGAGCCAGUACCUUCAAAGGAGACCCGCUUCAGCAGUAAGAAAAAACAGGUUCAGAAGACUGCAGCCAAGGCUUCUGCUCAGAGCAGCAAGAAAUGCUCCCCUGCCAUCAACUCAGAGCACCCAAACAAACGACGUCACCCACCAACAGCCAGCAAGGGCAAGGCACAACCACGUGAGGCACAGGUGGCCCAACGCUACAGGCGCAACCUGGCUCUCCGCAAGCAGGCCAGCCUGCUCAAGCUGUGGCAGAAGAUCAACGGGGCUCAGAUCGGACAGCAGACGGGCAGCAAGCGCUUCCACUACACUUUCUCCACGUACUCCUGGUCCUGGAACGCGUGCAGAGAGCUGCUGACAGCCGAGGAGCUGCAGGCACAGGACGGCCGGCAUUGCCGCUUCCCGCCAGCCACCAGGCAGCCACCAUGGAAGAAGUGGCUGUUUUAGGGCACUAGAGGCUGGUUUGGAUCGGACUUGCUGUCACCCUUUCUCCUGGCGUUGAAAAUGUGAAAUAAAAGCUGGGAAAGGUGGGAUUAUUGUUGUUAUCCUGUCCAGCACAGGGAGCUAGCUGGCCAAGGGAAGGGACUGCACUGUUCUGCAGCACAGCCUCACAGUGAGCACCGGGCAUAGGUUGCACACUUCACUUUAAGGACUCUUAGGGAGUCCGGAGGAGGGCUUUAGAGACACGAAGGGGCUGAGCUCCGCGACAGCGACGGAGCCCGAGGGAACGGCACGGAGCUGUCAGGGGAGAGGAGCGGCUGGGGGUGAAGGAGGGCUCAGUCCCAGAGGGCUGUGGGCGCGGCCCCGACCCGCUGGAGCUCAGGGAGUGAUGGAACACCGCUCUCAGCCACUGGGUUCGGGUAGUCGGACACCGAUCCUCGCGGGUGCC